UCGCGGCAUAAUAAUUACACAAAACACAGAGAGAAGAACCGAAGCUAUAGUAGUGGAAAACUAGUCCUUUGCUGUUUGUUGAUAAGUCAUCAACUUUCUGCGUGCGUCUGACUGUUCGUCUCCUCCGCUCGUUUGUUCGCAAUCAUCGACAGUGAGAGACCCGGCUGCGGCUUCGACGUUUCCAAGAAUUUAUUAUAAGUGAAACAACUCACCCACACCUCACAUAAAUGGCAGUGCGGAUUUUACUCGAAGGAUCACUGAGGACUACCGCUGCGGCAAUUGGUCUAGCGGCGCUGGUCGCAGCGUCGCUCCUAUUACCCGUCGCACGUUGUGCCCCCGCACCGGUGUACGAAAAUGAAGAAAAACCGUGGUGGCACAAUCCCUGCAGUUAUAAUCCCAAUAGGAUACGGCAUAGCAGAGGCAUACCGCCAGCCGUCAAAACUCAACUCAAAACUAUCGUAAAUAUGUUCAAUAGUCGAGUGUCACAGCACGUACAGCGGUACUGUUCAAAGUUCGAAAGUACCGUGCACAGCAAGCAAAUUAAGAAACCAGAUUGGCUUCCUACAAAGAAGUUCUUCCAAUCUCUUGACGAUAAUGUUUCGGCUCUUCCGGAGUUUCAUUAUCAAAUUCAAAUUCACGCCGCGACUUUACAUAAAUUAUGGAAUAUGCACAUCGAGUCGGCUGUGAGUUCUUUCGACGGAAUAGAACGUAGCAACUUAAUGAACGACACCGCACAACAUAUGAAAUCUCUCCUUUGUGAGGUGGAAACU